CCGUGUCCUCCGCGAUCCGACUGCACCCGUCCCUCCCGAGACCGAAAGUCUCCGGCUCCAAAUUUAUUAUUGGUUUAUUUCCUUCCUCCGCCUCCACCCCGCCCGAGCACCGAAAUCCCUAACCCUAGAGCUCGUCCGUCAUGGACCCCGACGGCGACCCGGCGUUCCACCGGAGCGAGGCCAUCUCCGCCGUCCAGGACGUCGACCAGUACUACGGCGAGGACGACGACUUCGAUGAGCUCUACAACGACGUCAACGUCGGCGAUGGCUUUCUCCGCUCCUCCCACCCGCCGCCGCCGCUGCCACCCCAGAAGGCCCCGCCUCCGCCGCUGCCGCCCCAGAAGGCCCCGCCUCCGCAGCAACACCACCAGCCGCAUCAACAGCUCCCUCCCCCGCCCCAGCUGCAAUCGCUGCCGCCCCAGCUGCAAUCGCUGCCACCGCAGCAGCAGCCACCGCCCCAUUCCCUCCCGCCGCCGCUGCCGCAGGCCCCGCUGCAGCAGAAGGUCCACGUGCCUCCCGUGACCGCGCCGGCUCCGAGUCUCCCUCCCGCCCAACCGAAUCUCCCGCCGCCGCCGGCCGCGCCUGCGCUUCCGCCGCCUCAGCACCACCAGAUCCAACAGGGCGACGGGUUCCAUCGGCCGGGAGGGAACUAUGGCGGCGGCCUCGUCGUGGUCGGAAACGGCGGGGGCGACGGCCCUGGCAGCACGACGUUGUUCGUGGGCGAGCUUCACUGGUGGACGACCGAUGCGGAUCUGGAGGCGGAGCUCAGCAAGUUUGGGCCCGUGAAGGAGGUGAGGUUCUUCGACGAGAAGGCCAGCGGCAAGUCCAAGGGGUACUGCCAGGUCGACUUCUACGACCUUGGCGCUGCCGCUGCCUGCAAGGAGGGCAUGAACGGGCACCCGUUCAAUGGCCGUCCCUGUGUUGUGGCAUUCGCCUCGCCGAACACUGUGCGCCGCAUGGGCGAGGCGCAGGUGAAGAACCAGCAGUCCAUGGCUGCACAGACAUCGUCAAUGCAGCCAAAGGGUGGCAGAGGGGGCGGUGGUGCUGGAGCGCCUCAGGUGGGUGGUAAUUACGGUGGUGGCCGUGGUGGAGGUGGUGGACACAGUGGUGGUGCGGGUGGAGGUGGUGGAAAUUGGGGGAGAGGUGGUGGAGGGAUGGGGGGUAGAGGCCCUGUUGGUAAUAUGAGGAGAAUGGGUCCGGGAGGUGGCCGGGGAAUAAUGGGGAAUGGAAACAUGAUUGCACCACCACCACCAAUGCUGCCUCCGGGUGGGAUGCUGGGUCAGGGCUUUGAUCCCACUGGUUAUGGCGCAAUGGGAAGGAUGGGUGGUGGGUUUGGCGGCUUCCCUGGCGGACCAGGCGCUGGGCCAUUCCCUGGGUUGAUGCAACCAUUCCCGCCGGUUGCGCCACAUGUAAACCCUGCUUUCUUCGGACGGGGCGGGAUGGGGGCUGGUGGGGUGGGUAUGUGGCCUGAUCCGAGCAUGGGGGGUUGGGGUGGGGAGGAACAAUCAAGUUAUGGGGAUGAUGCCGCAUCUGAUCAGCAAUAUGGGGAAGGGGGAAGCCAUGGGAAGGAGAGGCCACUGGAGAGGGAGUGGUCUGGUGCACCAGAGAGGAGGCGUGAGAGGGAGAAGGAUGUGCCCCCAGUACAGGAGUGGCCAGAGAGGAGGCAUCGAGAUGAACGGGACAUGGACCGAGAGAGGAAUCGUGACUAUGAAAGAGAGAGGGAAAGAGAUCGUGACAGGGAGAGAGACAGAGACCGAGACAGAGAGAGGGACAGGGAUAGAGAGAAGGAGAGGCACAGGGAUGACAGAGAUCGCUAUGCUGAUUAUCACAGGCACAGGGAUCGCGAUUCAGAGCGCAAUGAAGACUGGGACAGGAGGAGGUCAUCUGGGAUACGCAGCAGGUCGAGGGAGGUCGGCCAUUCUAAGCGUAGGCGGAUGACACCUGAGUAGUGUAGCUUGGCAAGCUGCAUCUUGUGUAGAGGCAACAACAAUCCAGGGCAGCGUCUUCUUUGCAUGCCAGCAUGGUUUCAGUAGGAACUAGCAAUUCCUUACUGCUUGUAGCUGUGGUGGGUUCUAACUGCAUGUCUCCGGUGGUCUAUUGUAGCAAUAAUUUGAGAUUUAUGCGGUUGGAAUCUGUUCUGCUGCACAAAGAUCGUCUUCCCUGGAUGAUAGUUGGUCUCUCCUAUUUCAUAUGUUGUUAAAUUUCUAAAAUGACAUAACAAUCUAUUGAUGUGUAAUGCGGAUGCAUGCAGAGAUAAGUUGCAUCACUAGCUGAAAACGACUGUCAGAAAUUGUACUGUUUGUGUAGUAGGAUAAUACGCUAGUUUGUAUUAUGACCGUUGCUUUGAAUAUCUUUCUCUGUUGGUGGUGCUCAAACGAUUUCCGCAUUCCUGUGGUUCAUCGGCGGAGAUAGUUUGGUGUGGCUUUCAAUUUAAUUUCAUUUCAUCA